UGUCCCGCCCCAAACCGGUCUCUUAAGAGCGGAAGUACGACCCGGAAGCCAGCCAUAGAGUUUAGUGGCCAGAGCGACUCUGUAGGGAGGUGGCAGGAAAGGCUCAGAACAGCUGCCGGAGGUGACGGAGCAGCGGCCCCGCCCGGUGUGCUGGAAGACGAAGCUUCCAGGUAGCUGCCGGCCCGCAGAGUCUGACCCAGGGUACGACUGGGCAGUCGGCGUGAGCCUACGGUCCCUGGGCGGCCUCUUUAAGGGAGGGGGCGGAGCCACGCGGAAGGAUCCUGAGGCUCCAGAUAUCCUGAGCCCAGGUCCCCCCAGCUCAGUGCAGCCAUGAGUGCCGAGGUGAAGGUGACAGGGCAGAACCAGGAGCAAUUUCUGCUCCUGGCCAAGUCAGCCAAGGGGGCAGCGCUGGCCACACUCAUCCACCAGGUGCUGGAGGCUCCUGGUGUCUACGUGUUUGGGGAACUGCUGGAUAUGCCUAAUGUUAGAGAGCUGGCUGAGAGUGACUUCGCUUCCACAUUCCGGCUGCUCACAGUGUUUGCUUAUGGGACAUAUGCUGAUUACUUAGCUGAAGCCCGGAAUCUUCCCCCACUCACAGAGGCUCAGAAGAAUAAGCUUCGACACCUAUCAGUUGUCACCCUGGCUGCCAAAGUCAAGUGUAUCCCAUAUGCAGUGUUGCUGGAGGCCCUCGCCCUGCGCAAUGUGCGGCAGCUGGAAGACCUUGUCAUUGAAGCUGUGUAUGCCGACGUUCUCCGCGGCUCCCUGGACCAGCGCAAUCAGCGGCUAGAGGUUGACUACAGCAUCGGGCGGGACAUCCAGCGCCAGGACCUCAGUGCCAUUGCUCGGACCCUGCAGGAGUGGUGUGUGGGCUGUGAGGUGGUGCUGUCAGGCAUUGAGGAGCAGGUGAGCCGUGCCAACCAACACAAGGAGCAACAGCUAGGCCUGAAGCAACAGAUCGAGAGCGAGGUCGCCAACCUUAAAAAAACCAUUAAAGUUACAACAGCAGCAGCCGCCGCGGCUACCUCUCAGGACCCUGAGCAACACCUGACUGAGCUGAGGGAACCUGCUCCUGGCACCAACCAGCGCCAGCCCAGCAAGAAAGCCUCAAAGGGCAAGGGGCUCCGAGGGAGCGCCAAGAUUUGGUCCAAGUCGAACUGAAAGGACUGUCAUUUCUUCCCUGGGGAUGUGGGGUCCCAGCUUCCUGCCUGUCCCUUAGGAGUCCUCAGAGAGCCUUCCUGUGCCCCUGGCCAGCUGAUAAUCCUAGGUUCAUGACCCUUAACCUCCCUCUCCUCUCCGUGACCCCCAAGCAUAUAUCACACCUUCUCUAGGGAGGAGGCAAGUACAAGUCAUGAUUUUGUUGGUA